AUAAAUUUGGUGGAUGAACUUAUUUCUAUAUUAUUACUAAUUAUUAGUUUAUAAGGAAUGAAAUGGUGAUAGAUCGACUCAUUCUAUUUCACAAACCAAACAUGAAAGUGAGAAAUGAGAAGAUUAUGGACUACCACAUUUCUCAAACCAAACACGCUAUAAAUACUGAUUAUGAUAUAUGUUUGCUUCAUUAAGCCCCUGUACCCCUCUGUUCACAACCUUAAUGGCUGGUUUUAAUAUCGCUACGCAGAUGAUGUAAGGCCAUACCAAAGCCAUAUUUUUCAUGAGGUUGCAUCCAAUGGCAGUCCUAAAUUAGACUCUGACGUCGAAAGGCAAAGUAAUAAAAAAAAUUGGCAGAUAACAUGGUCGAACAGACCAAUCAAUGUGAGCUUAGUUUUGUGAAGGCUGAGCAGCUGAACGGAGGUAAAACCGGGCAGGCACACGUUGAGAACUAUUCGUACGACAAGGAUGUUGUAGAGAUCAAACUGCCAGACACAGUUCUUUCUCCUGAUCAUGGUGCCCAUUAAUUUUGUUAAGGAUGUCUGCAUCGAUGAAGGAGUUCGUCCUGAUCAAAGGGCUCCAGCAGACAGGCUAGUAGAUCAAGAGGUGUCCAUACACCUUGAUUACUCAGAAUGUAUAAAUGGUGACCUCAGGGAAGAGAUUAGUGCUGACUCUACAAAAACUGCGCUUGAACUAAAACCACAAAUGGUUAUCCUGCCUGUCAUGUGUGAAACUGAUGGCAAUACUGGGGAACAGAACUCAUGCAAAAAGCAUGAUCUUGAAGAUAGCAACACUGCAGAUGUAUCUCCUGGUUCUAAUGAGGAUGAAUUAAAUCCCAAACAACUACCAUGCCAUGAAGUUGCACAAGAUUGCCAGGAGGUUGGCAGUGUCAUUCCGGAGAGCAAUGAAAAUCAGGACCGGUUUUUCACUGCAGAAGCAACCCAUCAGGUUUCAUCGAAUGAUUGUUACGGAACUGGAAUUGGUAUUGUAUUGGAGACCAGUAACGUCAUUCACAGCGAUUUACCAGCACAGCCAGCCGCCGCCGCCGCUGAUUUCUCGGCGGCGGCGACACCUGAGGAAGUCGCUGUCAGCGCCGCAUCCGAUAUGGAAGGGUGCAAGCAAGCUAAUCACUACAACCCUUUCAUCGCCUAUGGAUCACUAUCACUAGACGGGACAUGGGACCAACCUGGUUACUACUACCCUCUCCCUGCUACCGUUGUGGAUGCCGCCUCUACAGCGCCCACCUGUCCUGUUGAAAAGACAGACAGUUUUAGCUGGGAGGGUUGUUUCAUCCUGUUGGAAUGGGCGGUGAAGCUGCUGAAGCCACCAUAAUUGAGGAGAAUAGGUUAGAUCGUGCUGAAGAAAGUUCAAGAGCGUUGGACGACGUCCAAGCAUCUGAACAGUGUAACGGCCAGAGAGAGAGUCACGUACCUUAUUCCGGCAACGUCUCUCUUCGAUCGGAAAGUAGCACAACGAGCGCUCGGUCCUUUGCAUUUCCAGC